AUGGUCGAGAACCUCAGGAAGACCGGCCAGGCAAAUAUUAGCGCCGGAGCCGUCCAAGCACGCAUCUUCAAUCUCGACAAAUACUGGGAGAAAUUCGAGAGUCAACACGAAGUUCUUCUCAACAAAUUCAAGGAUGAGUUAAAGAAGCACGAUUACGCCACAUUCUCAUCACUGGUGGAAGAAGAGUAUAUGUCGCAGCGCGGCAUGCUCAUGGACUUCGCUACAAAGCUAACAGGAGAAACAAGGAAUUCUUCUGCAAGCACCCAACCACAGCAGAGCAACGGCCGAGCUUCACUGCCUCGUAUCCAGCUGCCCAUGUUCUCGGGCAAUUACGAAGAUUGGCCAUCCUUCAGAGACCUGUUUAAAUCAUUAAUCGACCAGGAUGCAUCAAUCAGCGAGGUCGAAAAACUCCACUACCUCAAGGCGAGCCUGAAAGGGGAGGCCAGCCUACUCAUCAAAACUCUCAGCAUCACCGCAGAAAACUACAAACAAGCCUGGAACACUUUGAGCGGCUUGUACGAAAACAAAAGGGCAUUGAUCAGAUCGUGCCUCACCAAAUUUACAUCAAUCCCAAAGGCAAAGGCGGAGUCAGCAAACGAACUUCAAAGAAUCUUCCACGGCAUGAUCUCAACCUGCAGUUCACUUGACGCCAUUGGAAGACCCAUCGGGCAGCACGAGGACUUGUAUGUCUUCCUGGUGGUCGAACUAUUCGACAACAAAACACGUCGAGAUUGGGAGGCCUCUAUCGCCGAGACAACGGAGCCUCCUACCUACACACACCUCAGGAACUUCCUCGAACGCCGAAUCCAGACGCUCGAAGCAAUCCAGCAACCAAAGGGAGAACAGAAAUCUCCCGAACCAUCACCACGGUGGAAAAACACACAUCACGCCCAGAACAACAAUGGGAAGAAGAAGGCAAGCGAACCCGAACAAGAACAGAGACGCAGUGCACCCACAGAAACCUGCAUCAUCUGUAACCAGGCACACUACAUUAUGUUCUGCCCAACCUAUAAGGACAAACCAGCCAGGGAACGGUUGAGCAUAAUUUCGCAACACAACCGCUGCACCAACUGCCUGGGCAAACACAAGCACCACGAAUGUCCAUCCAAGAAGACGUGCCGAACUUGCUCGGAGGGACAUCACACCACGAUGCCUUGGCCGCUCCAAAGCCAGCAACCUCAGCCAAUUGCCUCAUCGCCAAGCAGCGCCCAUCAACAAGAGUGUCCGUUCUGCUAG